AUUCUGCACGACACCUCGUUUACUCCGGAGAUUCUACAGCUGGAGGGGUUUUGAGGUUUGGACGUUGAAUUGAACGUUUAUUUUCCAUUGAUAACGCAUUGAAACAGCGUGAUCCGUGCUCAUCGAUUAAUUAAUACCGUCCUAUCCCAGUUUUUCUGCUCUUAGUGCUCAGACAUGGAGAAAACUCACCACUGUUCAGAGUGUGGAAAAAGUUUUAAUCAACAGAGUGCGCUUCAAGUACACCGGCGCAUUCACACUGGUGAGAAACCGUAUCACUGCACAGAGUGUGGGAGGAGUUUUACUCAACAGAGUACACUCCAACAACACCAGCGCAUUCACACUGGUGAGAAACCGUAUCAAUGCUCAGAGUGUGGACGGCAAUUUACAAGACAGACUGAUCUCAUUGCACACCAGCGCAUUCACACUGGAGAGAAACCGUAUUACUGUCCAGACUGUGGAAAGAGUUUUACUCAACAAUGUGUGCUCAAAAGACACCAGCGCAUUCACACUGGAGAGAAACUGUAUCACUGUUCAGAUUGUGGAAAGAGAUUUACAAUACUGUAUCAUCUUCAAACACACCAGCGCAUUCACACAGGAGAGAAGCCGUAUCACUGCUCAGACUGCGGGAAGAGUUUUACUACGCAGAGUACUCUCAAACUGCACCAGCGCAUUCACACAGGAGAGAAACCGUAUCACUGCUCAGAGUGUGGAAAGAGUUUUACUCAAUUGAGUAAUUUUAUCACACACCAGAGCAUCCACGCAGGAGUGAAAUUGCAUUGCUGCUCAGACUGCGGGAAGAGCUUUAAUCGACUGAAUAACCUUCUACAGCACCAGCGCAUUCACACUGGAAAGAAACCAUUUUCCUGCUCAGAGUGUGAACAGAGUUUUAAUCGCCAGAGUACUCUCAUCACACACCAGCGCAUUCACACAGGAGAGAAACCGUAUCACUGCUCAGACUGUGGGAGGCAAUUUACCAGACAGAGUGAUCUCAACACACACCAGCGCAUUCACACUGGAGAGAAACUGCAUCAAUGUUCAGACUGUGGAAAGAGUUUUGUUCAGCUGAGUAAUCUCAACACACACCAGCGCAUUCACAAAGGAGAGAAACCCUAUUACUGUUCAGACUGCAACACAAACUUUAUGUAUUCAGGUACUUUAAAGAAACACAAGUGCAUUAAGAUGCCAGAUCCUAAAGUAGAGUAAAGAGGCAACUGAACACAACCCCCUGGAUAACACCUGGAUUUAACUUAGUAAAUGAUGUGGGGUUGGUUGGUUGAUGCUGCAGUUGUUCUGCAGGUUUAGGUUCAGCAACGGUAUGUGCUGAAGAAAGAAUGAGGUCAGCUGACUACCUGAAUAUGCUGAAUAUAGACCAGGUUAUUCCAUCAAUGGAUUUUUUUUCCCCUAAUGAACACGGACAUAUUCCAAGAAAAUGACAAUAUCAGGAUUCAUGGUGCUGGAAUUGUGAAAGAGUUCAGGGUUCAGGGAGCAUGAGAUCAUCAUUUUCACACAUGGAUUGAGAGAGAGUUCACCACAGAGUCCAGAUCUUAACCUCUGAGAAUCUUUGGGAUGUGCUGGAUGGAGAAGAGCUGCUUUGUGCAGCGGUCAGACUCUACCAUCAUCAAUGCUGCUGCAAGAUCUGGAUUUAACUAAAUCUUGUGACAUUGCAGAAGCUCAAAUCGAAGCUUAAAGGGGUCCAACGAAAUAUUAGAGUGUGUGACCUUUUUUUGGUGGCCAGGAAGUGUAUCUUACUAUUGUGUUACAAAUGUGUAUCUUUAAAUAUUGUUUACGCAAUAAAUUUGUGAUUAUAAGAGGACAAGAAAAUACGAUCUGUUUGGUUAUAAAAACUCAGCGAGUUAAAAUAGUUCCAUUGCUGCUCUGUUUGUAGCUGUGCUGUUUGGCUUGUUAGUGCUGCAUCGUUGCUAGGUUACUUGUAAGUGGUGGAGUAAUACAUGGAGAGCUUUGGUUACAGUGUAUUACCGGCUGAUAACGGCACUCGUAGAAUGCCUCUCAUCCAAUCACACUGCAGGGUCGGAACUAACUGUGGUAUAAUUGAUCUUUUAAUACUUAACCUUUUUGGAUGUUGUCCUGUAUUAUGUGGUGUCCAUAAUCAGCACAUUCACACAGGAAAGAAACCAUAUCACUUAAAAUGAUCAAAUUUGUUUUAAAUCUUAAGAACUAUAACAUUUUCUCUUUUUUAUUUAUUUACAUUUUGGUGCAGGUUCUUCAGAUUUUGUUGAAGUCUAAAUUGUUGGUAUGUGAUAUUUUUAAUUCCGAAUUCUAUGAAAAGAGAAUACAUGUAGUAGGGGCCUUUUAAAUUUAUUGCAUAUUGAUUUGUGGUGUCUAUUGAUUUAAAAGAAACUUGUUUUUCUUAAGAUGCAAGUUUUUACAGUGGCUAUUUUAAUGUAAAUGGGAAAUAAAAAAACUGUAUGCAAUUUCCACAUACCACCACACUGCUAGAGUCGCUGCGUAGAACAGAAGUCUUGUGUAGAACAGCACCACCAAGGAAGCAGAUACAGCUCGCUAGCUAACACUAGCCAGUUAGCGUAACAAGCUAAUACACUGGAGUGAGGGUAGCUCAGCUCCAUGUAGACAAACGUUCAUCUCACUCUGUCCUGCCUUGAGAAAAAAAGUGAGGACAGCACUUUAUCUGAGGAGCUCCUGCUGCUGUUCCUCACUGUAUAAGUGAUUUGGUCUGAAUUAAAAUAGAAAAACAUCAGCAAACAGCAAUUAUUCUCUGAGAAAAGUUCUUCUCUUCCCUAAAACGAGUUCAGAAUUGGUCAUGAGUACAGAAUCAUUUAUUCAGCACAAGAGAUAAAACUCCCUUAAACUCUGGAUACGAGGUGCAAACAAACGUCAAGAGCAGUAACUAUGAACUUUUUAAAUAUACUAAUACUGUAGCUUAAAGGAUCAUUUGUGAUGCACACUGAUUUUUUUUUAUUCAUUUGUUAACUGGAGAAAGAAGAAAAAUGUGGCUGAUUUUAAUACUUUAAUGCCUCCAAUGGCUUGUAAAUUAUAUAUAUAUAUAUAGAUAUAUAUAAAUAUGAGACUUGUCUUAAAAAUAUCUCUUUGAAUACUUACAUUUUGGGGAUUUUAGGACUAUUCAUAGUGUUUAUGGAACUAUUUAAAAUAUUUAGUUUUAAAAAGGAAGUUGUUAAAGGCAUAUCUCUCUAAGUUCUAUUUUUAAAGCUGUUUUUCUGAUAAUAAAGUGAUUUCUUCAUAUAUUGUGUAAUUUUGAGAGACAAAGUAAACCCAAUACUAAUCAAAGCUUUAAAUUAAACUGUAAAAAGAAAUGCAGGUAUUCACAAACAGUAAAGAACAAACACAAGUCCACUAAAAGCAGUCAUAGAAAUAAGCAGGAACACUCAUUUAACCAUGCAAAGAUUGUUGUUAUAGAGGGAAAAAACUUGGAAAGUAUCGGAAGCAUUUUUAUUUUUCAAAUUGGAUUGUUGCCUGGUAAACAUCAGGUCUAAACAAAGGCUGAUACAGGAAAAUGCCCCUCCAAACCCAGAUCCUAAGGCAGAGUGAAAGGAAAAUUGAAGACAAGCCCUCAACACUCUUGCUAUUUUUUAUUUAGCAAAUUUAAAUGUGUCAAAUUCAUUAAAAACCAAGGAGUGAGCUGUGUAUCAUGUUCUAAGAUGCUUUAAAGACAUCAUAGGUGUGUGGAUAUCUUGAAUUGCUAUAUAUUGAAUGAUAAGUCAAUGUAUUGUUGAUGACUCCAUGAGUGCAUUUUAUUUAUGUGUGCUAAAUAGAUUGAUUAUAUAACUAGAACAAUGCCAACAAUGCUGUGUCGUCAUUCUGAUUUUAGGUAGAUCCAACUAUAACGUCUUGUAUGUAUUGUUUGUAAACUAUAAUUAAACUACAUUUUACAUUAA